AUUCCAAGCGCCUCAUCGGCCGCCCGUACGAGGAGGUGGACACGGAGGGCGACUUCGUCAACUGGCCGUUCACGGUGCGGAACGACGGCGGCACGCCCAAGUACGAAAUCGAGCGCGACGGCAUGCCGGUGCUGGUGGCGCCCGAGGUGGUCUCGGGAAAGGUGCUGGCCGCGAUGAAGACGAUUGCCGAGACCAACUGCCUGGAGGCGACCGUCUCCAAGGCGGUCAUCACGGUGCCGGCCUAUUUCAGCGAGGCGCAGCGCGAGGCCACCCAGACCGCCGGCAGGCUGGCUGGGCUGGAGGUGAUCGGCCUCCUGAACGAGCCGGUCGCGGCAGCCCUGGCCUACGGCUACGGCAAGAACAAGGAGGGCACGGUGCUUAUCUUCGACCUGGGCGGCGGCACGUUCGACCUCGCCCUCGUCAAGAUGAGCCAGGGCGACGACUUCCGCCUGCUGGCGUACGGCGGCGACACGCAUCUCGGUGGCCAGGACUUCGACGGAGUCCUGCUCAACUACAUCCUGAAGGACAUCAAGGCGACCAUGAAGAUCAACCUGCGCGACGACCCGGAGGCGUUGCACCUGCUGCGGCAGGACUGCGAGAUCGCCAAGCGCAAGCUGAGCACCAAGCCCCAGACGGACGUGGUCGCGUACAUCGCCCGGGCUAAGAAGGGUUACCGCAAGACCAUCACCCGGAGCCUGUUCGAGGAGCUGUGCCAGCCGCUGUUCAAGAAGGCCAUCGAACUGCUGCCCGGCAUCCUCAAGGACGCAAAGGUCAAGAAGGAUGACGUGGACGAGGUGGUCCUGGUUGGCGGGUCGACCCGCAUCCUCAAGGUGCAGGCCAUGGUGCGCGACUUCUUCAACGGCAAGGAGCCCGUCAAGUCUCUGAAUCCGGACGAGGCGGUGGCGCAGGGGGCGGCCAUCUGGGCGGCCAAGCUGACGGGCGAGCAGGGCGCCAAGGACGUGCGGCUGCGCGACGUGGCCUCGCUGAGCCUGGGCGUCGCGGACCCCAGCGGCAUCAUGGCUGUCAUCAUCCCCAGGGGGACGACGCUGCCGGCCGCCGUGACCAAGACCUUCACGACGACGAGGGACAACCAGGAGGAGGCCGAGUUCAAGGUGUGCCAGGGCCUGCGCGCCAACUGGGCCGACAACCACCUGCUGGGCUUCCUCACGCUGUCCAUCCCCGCGCGCCGGAAGGGCACCGUCGACAUCGACGCCUCCUUCCAGGUCGACCUGGACGGCGUCCUCAAGGUGACGGCCAAGGAGCGCCUGUCGGGCGAGACGGCGCGCGCCCAGUUCCAGAGCGAGGGCCGCAUGUCGGAGCGCCAGGUGGCCGAGAUGCUGCGUCAGGCCGAGAAGUUUAAGACCGAGGACGACGCCGCGCGGGCCGGCUCGUGGAGGGAACGCUACAGGAUCUAGAAGGACAGAAAAUGCAGUUUUUUCAACUUUUAGACAGUCCGCAUUUCUCUUUCUCUUCUAUUGAUGUUUUGUUUUUUUAUUACGUUGUUUGCGCGAUGUUUCCAGUGUACUUGUGUUGAUUUUGACAUGUUCGUUUCGAAUAAAACUUUAGUUAGGCUUGAA